AAAUCCCAAGCUCAUUGGAGCCCUUCUUCAACCUUUCAAAACUCAAGCAUUUCAAUGCGGACAACAAUACCAUAUACAUUGAAAGUGAGAUGCAACCUUUGGCCCCAAGAUUCCAAUUGAACCUUAUCAGUUUAUCUAGUUGUGGAGAUGUAGGACAAUUUCCUCAUAUUUUGUUCCAUCAACAUGACUUAAGGCAAGUUUAUCUCUCUAACAACAACUUUAGAGAGGGAUUUCCAAAUUGGUUGUUGAAUAACAACGCAAAUUUGGAAAGGUUAGUUCUUGCUAACAGCUCUCUCCAAGGUCAUUUUGAGUUACCUUUCCUUCCGCAUACGGACUUAUCGUAUUUGGAUGUCUCAGAAAAUUCAUUCUAUACCAAUCUUCCAAUUGAUAUUGGGGAAAAACUACCAUCAUUGUCGUUUCUGAACAUGUCAAAAAAUCAAUUUCACGGUAGCAUUCCCUCUUCGAUUGGUGAUAUGAAUUUCUUAGAAGCCUUGGACUUGUCCAAUAAUCAAUUGUCUGGUGGGCUACCCGAGCAUUUGACCAUGGGCUGCUUUUCAUUAACUUCCCUUGCACUGUCCAACAACAAAUUGCAAGGGCAGAUGUUCUCUUCAAAUGUUAACCUUACAAAGUUGCGGGAGUUGCACUUAGAUGGGAAUCAUUUCUCUGGGAAGAUCCCAGAUUCCUUGUCUAAUUGCUCCUUUUUGUCAACAUUGGAUUUAAGCAAUAACGUGCUUUCUGGGGAGAUACCAAUGUCGAUGGAGAAUAUGUCAAGUUUGUCAACAUUGGAUUUAAGCAAUAACGAGCUUUCUGGGGACAUACCAAGGUGGAUGGGGAGUAUGUCAAAUUUGGAAGAAAUUGUGAUGGCAAAUAAUCAUCUUGAAGGUCCAUUCCCAAAGGAGUUUUGCCAUCUUAAUGAUCUUAAACUUCUAGACCUUUCAGUGAACAACAUAUCUGGGCGUCUUCCAUCUUGUUUCAGCCCUUUAUGGAUAAGUCAAGUUCAUUUAUCAAGAAACAAGCUAGAAGGGGCACUCACAAAUGUUUUUCAUAAUAGCACUAGCCUGGUGACAUUAGAUCUCAGCAAUAAUCACUUAACUGGGAAAAUUCCACGUUGGAUUGGCAACCUUUCUCGAUUGAGUUUUCUUUUGCUAAAUAACAACCAUUUUGAAGGUGGGAUUCCAAUUCAGUUAUGCAAAUUGGGCCAGUUAAGCCUGAUUGAUCUUUCCAAUAACAAUCUUUCAGGUACAAUUCCACCUUGCCUGAAGAUUACAGCACUGAAUGAAAUAUCCCAAGAAUAUGUUCGUUAUGUCACUGAUAUUGCUCAACCUCCCAGUUCUUUCUCCAUUGAUGAACCGAUAGAGUUCAGAGUGAAAAGCAUGUCUUACUCUUAUAAGGGAAUUGUUCUCACAUACUUAUCUGGAAUUGAUCUCUCUUGCAACAAGUUGACAGGACCAAUCCCACCGGCGUUUUCCAAUCUGAAGCAAAUUGAGAGUCUCGAUCUUUCUCACAACAACUUGAGCGGGAAAAUCCCUCCACAACUUGUGGGGUUAUAUAGGUUGUCUUAUUUCAGUGUGGCAUACAAUAAUUUAUCUGGAAGUACACCUGCAUGGACUGCACAAUUUGCAACAUUUGACGAAAGCAGCUAUGUGGGAAAUCCUCUUCUCUGUGGUGAUCCAUUGAAGGACUGCUCAACAUCAGGACCAUCAGCAUCUUUAUUGCCAAAAGCAUCGACUGAAAAUGGUUUGAUUGAUAUGAUUUCCUUUUAUGUGACUUUCGUUGUGUCUUAUGUUAUGGCAAUCCUGAGUAUUGCAUGUGUGCUUUACAUUAAUCCAUACUGGAGACAAGCAUGGUUCUAUUAUGUUGGGUCAAUAAGCAAUUGCUGCUACUAUUUUUUGGAAGACCAUAUUCUGCCUAAAAGGCUCCACUGUGGAAAUAUGUAAGGCAAUGUUAAGUUCACAUUUUCUCUACUCAUUUUUUGAUAUUCUUGUAAUUUAUUAUCCUUCGAUAAAAAGGCAGUAUACUCUUUUUUGCUUUAUAA